UCAGCUGCUAUGUGCCUUCCUCCCCCAUCCUUUUGCCAUAAGGACACGGUGGGCCAAUGUGUCCUUCUGGCAAGAGGACAGGGAAAAUGAGGAGGGCCAGAGGUAAGCACCCAGGGGGCCACAUCCGGUCCCCGGGCAUUAGUUUGCCCAUGCCUGCUAUAAGGUCGUGUUUAAUAAUGAUAACAACAACAACAACAACAACAACAAACCUUAUUUGUACCCAGCCCCAUCUCUCUAAGGGAUUCAUGGCAUCUCACAACAUGAAUAAAUACAAAAGAUAAAUAAGAAAUAAAAUAAACAAAUAAUCACUGUGGUGGUUCAUACGUGUGCAAUGCAUCCUUAUGUGAUAUUUCUAAAGCCCAAGUGUACUCAUGUGAUCUAUUUGAAGAAUCAUGUGUUUGUAAUAAGGCAUUGUUCCUUGAAAUACUGGCAUAAUAGAAUCUAAUUUCAGCAAAGCUUGAAAAACAAAAUACUACAAUUGCAGGCUGAAGAAAGGUGCCUGCCUGCUAAAUACAAAAAAUAAGGAUAAACAUUUCAGAAUAAUACAUGUUGUGUUUACACUUGAUGUGAGCAUUUAAAGAAGAGCUUCUCCAAAUGGGAAAGCCAAACCCAAGAAAAAACAGUGGGCAAAACUAAACAACUGUUUUGAUAUUUCUAUUUGAUACGUCCUGCUGGCAUGAGUGUAAAUUGAGAAGUUAUUUCUAAGAAAACAAGACAAAAGAAUCUACCCUCAGCACUUGGAUAUUUUCAAUAUAUUUAGGAAUGUACAGAAAGUUGUAAGCCAGUGUGUGAUUGCUGGGCUGAGUUUUGAUGAGGACUCUAGGAGACCAACACGGAGCCAUGGAAACCUAAUGAGUGACCUUGGGCAAGUCACACUUCCUCAGCCUCAGAGGAAAACUAUAGCAAACCUCCUGUGAAUAAAUAGUGCCAAGAAAACCUUGUGAUAGGAUCGCCUAAGGUUUGCCAUAUAUCAGAAAUGACUUGAAGGUGCACAGCAAAAACAAAAAGCAAACACCACAUGGGUCUUUUCUCACACUAGUAAAUUUUUGUGUAUGAAGAUUGAAUUUGUUGGAAUCUAUUCAGAAAUGUGACAGUACCGUAUUCACUUGCCAAUGCAAUGUUGCUAGAUCAAUGUAGGGUCCUGUUCUAACCUUCCCAUGCUGACAUCCUUUCAUUCUGUCUCGGUGUGCUACCCCUUUACAUUUUCCUAUGCCUCUUCUGUUUUUGGAUGUACCCUGGGAAGCCAAUUAUCUACCCAAUUAUCUUUAUCUUCUUUUAGAAAUACCUUAAUUGUGUAAUCUUACUACUAUACCAGACUUUUUCUUGCUUAAAAAAGUAAUUUUAUAAUGUGGAUAUACCACAUGUGGCAUAAGCUGACCACAGAGUUGUGAUGGAGGAACUAGAUCUCUCUAGACAGAACAUUAUAAUCAAAUCUGUGAAUAAUCAAACCCAUAAAAGUCAAACCUGCAAAUGUAGAGGGCCAACUGGAAAAGGAAAUGUUUGAUUUGAUGGACUCUUCUGAGAGGCUUUGUCCUUGUCAAAAGAAAAGCACACUUUAUUAUUAUAUACAUAAGCAAAAUCGAUGCAUGUAUUGAGAUUUCUUGUACAUAGAAGUUCUAUUUUAUGCCACAUAAACAAGUUAUUAACUGAACAGGUAUAAUUUAGCCAUGUCAUUGAUUUUUUUUUUACAAAGCUCAUAUAACUUUAGGAUAAUAAGAAUGAAUCUGUAUCAUGCAUCUUUUUUCUACAUAUUUUAGCAGAAGUAAAUAUGGGUGUCUUAUUUUACUUAAUGGGUUUCGGCUGGUUAAUAGGUGGGAAAUUAUAGGAAGUGGAAAAUCAGUUUUAACCCGGAGGUAGGAAUGGGAACAAAAGCUAAGUUUAAAUACAGUUAUUGAUUGGAUAAUGAGAUGAAUAUGGAUUUCACUACAAAUUAAUCUAAUGCAUUGCUUAGUGAUGGCAUGUCUGUCCCAUUCCAAACUGUUCUCUCUCUGUGACCACAAAUGUGGAAGAUGUCCUCUACCGGUUCUGCCCACAUUGAUAAAAAGGCAGCUAAUAUGUGGAGAAAUAAAGUGAGCAUGUGCUUUAUUCAAUGUGUAAAUGCUUUGUUUAAUGCCCCAAAUUGUUAAAAAUAUUAUGUAAAAUUACGUUUAGAUGAUGUGUAUAAUGUAUAUACAAAAUAUCUCCAUCUCUCAUCUCCUAGACAGCUCUUUAUACACAUACAGGCAAAUAUAGAUACAGUGUUCCCUCACUUAUCACGGGGUUUAUGUUCCAGGACCACCUGCAAUAAGUGAAAUUCUGCAAAGUAGGGGCACUACAUUUAUUUCAAUAUUUACACAUUAUAUUAGUAGUCAGGUGGCCUUUUUCUCCUUUGCAAGCCUUCUUCCUGCGCUUCUUCCUCUCCGGUGGCCUGCCAGUUUCCCUUUUGUGCAUGCGCCUCCCUUUCGUCGGCAUCCAGAGUAGCCCGGCUGGACACCGACGAGAGAGAGGGCGCAUGCGCAAAAGGGAAACUGGCACCUUUUGCACAUGUGCACCUCUCAGAAAAAAACCGCGAAGCAGUGAGGGAGCAAAAAGCAAACCUCACUUGCAAAGUAGGGAGAGAACACUGUAUUCCAAAAUCGGGGGUGAGGGUGAAUUGAGGGGAGUACUUCUGGUCCCAAGUAUUUUUGGUAAAGGAUACACAAUUUGUAAUUAAUUUAAUUCUAUUUUAAUGUUCACUGUUUAUGUUUUAAUUGUAUUGUUCUUUUAUAUUGUAAACCAUUUUGAGUCUUAUUUUUUGAAGGAAAGAAUAUAAACAUAAUAAUUACAAUAACAGUAAUGAUUUUUAAAUGAAAGUACCUGAUACUAAGAUGAUGAAUGCACCUUACAGGUUUUAAUAUCUGUCAUCUUCUCUUUAUUUUUCUCCUCAUUUAGAGGGAAACUGUGUUUAUGAGUGUUCUUUCUGUGGUACCUUCCCUAUUAAAGCCACCCUUUUCCUAUUUCAGAAAGCUAACCUAAUAAUCUAAUAUUUCACGAAGAGAAGACAGUUAAAGGACAAGUAAUUUUCCUUAGAGGAACAGGUGUGCCUUGGGAAGACUUUUGUUGCUGCAUACCCUGUUAUGUCAAAGAUUUCAUUGGUUUUGAAAGUUGUUAAACCUGAUGGAUAACUUUAUCCUUUUCAAUCAACAGGGCCAGAGGACGCUCAAGACAGUGAAAGAAUAGCCAAGAGCUAGCUGGUGCGUAUCCGAUUCAAACCAGUUUGCAUUUGCAGAGUUUGUGCACGUAACCACAGGGCUGCGAGAUGGUUAGGAGACGUGACUCUUUAGCAGAUAAGCCGAGUCCACCAAAGUAAAGCAAGACCCACCUUAGCACUUGGUUCUGAAGAGCUCUGUUUCAGACCGUUUUUGUCAAAAGGACGAGAUGGCUGCUGGUGCUCUACAGGUUGCUGGACUAGUCCUUGGAAGCAUUGGCUCAAUUGGGACCUUUGCCAUCACUGGCAUGCCUCAGUGGCGUGUGACCGCUUUCAUCGAAAACAAUGUUGUGGUGUUUGAAACCUUCUGGGAAGGCCUCUGGAUGAACUGCCUAAGGCAAGCCUCCUUCAGGAUGCAGUGCAAGGUCUACGACUCCCUCUUGGACUUGCCUCCUGACUUACAAGCUUCCAGGGGUCUCAUGUGUUCGGCUUCGGCUCUGGCUUUCCUUGCUUUUGCAGUGACCAUCCUUGGCAUGAAGUGCACGCAGUGCACAGGCAAUGAUGACCGUAUCAAGGGAUAUAUAUUGCUAGCAGGUGGCAUUACGUUCAUCCUGACUGGCAUCAUUGUGCUCAUCCCUGUGUGCUUUGUUGCCCAUAACGUCAUCCGGGAUUUCUACAAUCCAGUCGUCACCUUGGCUGAGAAACGAGAGCUUGGAGAAGCCCUUUACAUAGGUUGGGUCUCUGCCUUCUGCCUUGUUGUUGGAGGGGCCAUUCUUUGCAGUUUCUGCCGUUGCACCGAAAAAACCAGGAGCUAUCGCUAUUCUGCACCUUCGCAACGUACUGCCUACCACAGUCAAAGGAGAGCUGAGAGCGCAUAUUCUAAAAGUCAGUAUGUUUAGCUGCCUCUUCUUUCAUCCAUCUUUCUGAGAUAUAGUAGCUUGAACAUUCAACAGGAGUCUUUGCCAGGACAACACGUUGGAUGAUAUUCAUGGGAUUAAUUGAAUUCUUCAGACCAAGCAAUCUGUACUAUUACUGGCAGUGUCUUCAGAUGUUUCAAUGCAUGGAUGACAAAUCAUAAUUUAAUCUUAUGUCAAUUUAGGUAUUGUUUUUUCAAUCAGCAUCUAUUAAGAAAUAUACAUGUGAUUGUAAUGAUUUGAAGUAUUUGGGAGGGAGGAAGAGAUGUUGUAACUCAAAAUUUAAGAAGUCCACUAUAUUUUAAAUAUUGCUUUAGUGUAUAAAAUAUAGCACAAUAUCAUUAAAAAUUAUGAAAGGGCAAAUGCUGAAGAGAAAACUUGUCCAAAGAAUGUAAUGACUUCAUUACCGUCACAAGGCAGGUUUUAUUAUUAGAAAAUAAGCAAGUACAAAAUGAACAGGUACAGAUUACAAAACUAGGAAAGUUGCUGCAUAUGACAGAAAUGUAGUUGCCUUCCAGAAGGAUCCUUCUCUAAAUUUACUCUAAAAUCUACUUUCAAUCUUCAGUUGAAUUUUUAAAAAACAUACACCAUUCUUUUUGCCAAAGUGUUAUUUAGUUCUGUGUUUUGAAAAAGUAACAUUUUGGAUUUUGUUUGUCUUAAAAAUGAAGUCUAUUUCAAAACAUCUGUUUUCUUCAGAAAUGCUUCAUUAAUGUUGAAAAGUAUUAGCUUUUUACUACUAAUAAAAACUAUUAAAAAACAUACAACUUGUAAUCUUCUUGCUCAAUUAAGUAAAUAAUGUGACUGAUUCCCUGCCUGUUAUUAUGUGUUCAGAGUUUUCAAAACCCUUUAAAAAUAUAUGCGUAAAGCUGCACACGUAACAAGUUUUGCAAGAUCCUCCUGCCAGCUUACAAGAUAUACAUCUAGUCAAAGCACAAGUAUAGUCUAAACAUUUGUGUAGCUGCAAGAAACACACGGACAGGAAAUUCAAACAAGAUGAGGAAGCUGAGAUACAUUUUCCUGUUGAUGAGUGAGAAUGUAAUAAUUAUUCAAUUUAUAUCCUGCCUUUUUUUCCAAAGACUGCCAGUGGUUAGGGUUGCUACUAUUUGCGCAUAGUAUUACUAUAUUUUUCUGAAUAUAUUUCUUAUGUAUUUAUGCAUGUGCAUAUACACACUGUAUUUGAUCCUUGCUGACUUGACAGGCCACUAAAGAACACGACCCAUUCUUCUUACAGUGGGUACUAACAUUGCUUGCAGUUUAGAGGUUUACUCCAUCAGAUUUGUC